UUGGAAAGUCAAAGGUGAAGGAAGAAAGAAAUAGACAGACUCUCAUCUUUUCAGAAAAUGUCCCUAAAAUACUUAGAACAGCAGCAAUUCCCCUGAAGAAGUCCUGUCUGGAAUGAACAAUGGUUCUCAGGAGAGUAGCUAUUCUGCUGAUGGGGUGUUUUGGAAUUUCUGGUUGUCAGACCACAACAAGAGCCCUUCCACCUCCAGAGAGUAUUAGUGGGUCAUCUUCAUCAGAUGGUGAUGUUGAAGAUCCACUUGUUGAUCCCCCAAGAAUCAGAUUGAGUGAUGGAAGGUACCUAGCUUAUCAAGAGAGAGGAGUCCCCAAGAACAAAUCAAACUACAAAAUUAUUAUUGUUCAUGGAUUUGGCAGCUCCAAAGAUAUGAGCUUUCUGGCAUCCCAAGAUCUAAUGGAGGAGCUGGGGAUAUAUAUUCUGAUAUUUGAUCGAGCUGGGUACGGAGAAAGUGAUCCGAAUCCAAAGCGCUCCAUAAAAAGCGAAGCAUAUGACAUUCAAGAACUAGCUGAUCAGUUACAUUUAGGAUCCAAGUUCUAUGUAAUUGGAGUCUCAUUGGGUUCUUACCCCACCUGGAGUUGCCUCAAACGCAUACCACACAGGCUAGCAGGCGUGGCUCUAGUUGUUCCGGUUGUCAAUUACAGCUGGCCUUCUCUUCCCGAUGAUGUAACAAACGAUGAUUAUAGGAGAAAUCUUGCCCGGUGGGCUCUCUGGACUGCACGAUAUGCCUCCGGACUACUAUACUGGUGGUUGACUCAGAAACUGUUCCCCUCAUCUACUGUCCUUGAUAGAAAUCCAACAUUUUUUAGCAACAAAGACUUGGAGGUCUUGAAGAAUACACCAGGAUAUCAAUUGCUCAGUCAGAAUAAGUUGAAAGAGCAAGGUGUGUUCGAUUCUAUCCGUCGUGACUUUAUUUCAGGAUUUGGCAAGUGGGAUUUUGAUCCACUGGACUUGAGUAAUCCGUUUCCUCAAAAUGAAAGCUCUGUUCACAUCUGGCAAGGUUAUGAAGACAAAGUUGUGCCUUUUCAAUUACAAAGAUAUGUUUCGAAAAGGCUACCAUGGAUUCAGUAUCAUGAAGUUCCUGAUGGUGGACAUUUGCUUGUGUAUGAUAGUGCUGUCUGUGAAGCCAUUUUAAGAGCUCUCUUGCUUGGAGAAGAUCCUCCAUUAUAUAGACCUAAAUCAGCCAAUUGAUUCUUUCUUUUAACUUUUUCUCAUGUGUAUCAUCCAAAUUGAUUGUUCAUAUCUUUUUCCUUGUCAUCAAAUUGAUUAGUCUAUUAGCAGAUUGAUUUAUUUAUAGGGAAUGACAAACAAGUACUAAAUUACAUUUGUUUCAAGAAAAUUCAAAGGAUAUUACUUUAAUCCUUUCUGAUUCGA